AUGUUGUUCAAUAAGGUCACAGCUCUUUCUUUGGCCUCUUUGCUCGUUGGCAAAGUCGCCUCUGCAGACUUGCCUGCGAUCGAGGUUGUAGGUAACAAGUUUUUCUACUCGAACAAUGGAACUCAAUUUUACAUGAAGGGUGUUGCUUACCAAGCUGACAGCGCCAACACAACAUCCGGGGAGAGUUUCAACGAUCCGCUUGCCGAUUUUUCUGCGUGUUCGAGAGAUAUCCCAUAUUUGCAGGCAGUGGGCACCAACGUGAUUCGUGUCUACGCGCUGAACACGUCUCUGGACCACACGGAAUGUAUGGAAGCUCUCGCUGAUGCUGGCAUUUACGUGGUUGCUGAUCUUUCUGAACCCUCUUUGUCCAUAAAUCGUGAUUCCCCAUCCUGGACCAUCGAUUUGUACAACCGUUACAUGUCCGUGGUCGACUUGUUCCAAAACUACACCAACGUUCUGGGUUUCUUUGCCGGUAACGAAGUCACGAACAACAAAUCCAACUCCGAUGCUUCUCCUUUCGUGAAGGCCGCCAUCAGAGAUGUCAAGGCUUACAUCAAGCAGAAAGGCUACAGGGACAUACCAGUGGGUUACUCCUCAAAUGACGAUGAAGACACCAGAGUGCCAAUGGCCGAUUACUUUGCUUGCGGUUCUGAUGAUGUCAAGGCGGAUUUCUACGGUAUCAACAUGUAUGAAUGGUGUGGUCAAAGCACUUUCCAAGAGUCAGGUUACGCCGACAGAACCAAGGACUUCGCCAACCUCACCAUUCCCGCAUUCUUCUCCGAGUACGGUUGCAACGCCGUUCAACCUAGAAAAUUCCAGGAAGUUCAAGCUUUGUACGGUAAAAACAUGACUGACGUUUGGUCCGGUGGUAUUGUUUACAUGUACUUCGAAGAGGCAAACAAUUAUGGUCUGGUCAGCAUUGUUAAUGGCAAGGUAUCCACCUUGGACGACUAUAGUUACUACUCUAGCGAGAUCAACUCGAUCUCGCCAUCAUCCGCAAACAACGCCUCUUACACGCCAACUUCCACUUCUUUGCAAUGUCCAGCCACAAACAGCAACUGGAAGGCUGCCACGAACCUACCACCAACCCCCAACGAAAGCGUCUGCAGCUGCAUGAACGAGGCGCUGUCAUGUGUCGUUAGCGACGACGUGGACAGCGACGACUACGCUUCCUUGUACAGCUAUAUCUGCAACGUGGUUUCCUGCGAUGGAAUCACUGCUAACGGAACCAAUGGCACGUACGGAUCUUACUCCUUCUGCUCUGACAAAGAGAAGCUUUCAUUUGUUCUCAACCUCUACUACGAGGAUCAAGGCGGCAGUAACUCUGCUUGUGACUUCUCAGGCUCUGCCUCGAUCAAAUCUGCCACCACCGCUUCCGCAUGUGCAACCGUUCUGAGUGAAAUUGGAACUGUGGGCACUGGCACCGCCAGUGGAUUAGCUUCCUUCAGCGUUUCCGGACUCUCCUCUGCCAGCGGAGCCGGUUCCAGCACGGGUAAGAGCGCCAAGACCACGGCUUCUGGUGGGAAAUCGAGCUCCGGAAGCUCAGCUACCGGCUCUUCCUCUUCUAGUUCCGCGUCUGGUUCGUCCACGAGCUCUUCCCAGAAGAAAAAUGCUGCCCUUGGCAACUCUCCAGCUGGUCUACCAAACGUCAUCUUGACGGCAUUGGCUACCAUCUUCGCUACAGCUGGCCUUGGAAUGGUUUUUGCUUAA